UCCUUAGCCUCCAAGGUCCUUCUCAUCCACACGCUUCCUACAAAAUCCUCCAAAAAAAACACACACACACACUCACACUCAUUCCAUCAUCAUAUUCACAAAGCAACAGAAAGAUUGAAAAAAACUCAAAACACUGUCUGAAAACGAGAUCAGAGAGAGAGAGAGAGGUAAAAAUGGAUACUCAUCAAAAGAUGGAGGAGCACUUGAUGUUUGUGUCUCACUUGUACCCUUCAGGCCCCUGCAUCCAAACGCCCCCUUUGCAAGGUGAGGCGAAACCGCCGGCGAGAAGGAGGAGGAGGAGGAACAGAGGGUCGGCGCCAUCACCGGCGGAGGAGAUGGAGAUGGGGAUGGGAGCGAGGAAGAGGAAGCUGAACGAGGAGCAAGCCAACCUGCUCGAACUCAGCUUCGGGAGCGAGCACAAGCUGGAGUCGGAGAGGAAAGAGAGGCUGGCCUCCGAGCUGGGGCUGGACCCGAGACAGGUCGCUGUCUGGUUUCAGAACCGCAGGGCUCGUUGGAAGACCAAGAAGCUCGAGGAAGAGUUCUCCAAACUCAAGUCUCUCCAUGACGACGUUGUCCUUCAGAAAUGCCACCUCGAGUCUCAGGUAAUUAAACUGAAAGAGCAACUGUCUGAAGCUGAAAAAGAGAUUCGAAGAUUCACGGAGAGGAGUGAAGGAGCGUCAGGCAACAACAGCUCGGCUUCAUCUCUCUCAUUCGAAGCCAUCGAUGUUCCAUUCUUCGGAAAUUUCGCACCAGAAACCGAAUAUGACAUCAACCCAUUCUACAUUCAAAACAUGGAAUGGAUUGACGGCCCUUAUGUGUAAUCUAACCAUUAAAAGAAAUGGUCGGGGAGGCGUAGAUAGUGUAUGUAAAUGUGUGUCUGCAUGCUUUUAACAACUUAAUGAAAAUUUUAGUGUUC